UCUGCGCUCUCUGUGUUGUCAACUAUAAGUCUACAACCGCAAGGCCUACGAGUCAACAAACAAGCAAACUCUCACAUAAACGCAUUUUCUUGUUGUUUGUUGGGCACCUUAACCUAGCAUUAUAUAUAACAUAUAUAUUCUAUCAUUCCUGAUCUCAUUCUCUAGCUCAUUCCAACUUUCCAAGUGCAAACCCUAUUUAUCUACUACAUUUCUCCCAUACCUUCAUUCACUCCUUCCUUCUCCUUCAAAACAUUUGCUUGCUUCUUAUCGUAUAAGAAUUAACGCAGACGAUGGACCGAUGUUGUCGGAAGCGACCCCGAAUCACCAUUAGUGAUCAAUCUGAAGAGGUUAUUAGCAAUGAAUGGGAAUUCAUAAACAUGACUGAACAAGAAGAAGAUAUCCUCUAUAGAAUGUAUAGGCUCGUUGGACCCAGGUGGGAUUUAAUAGCCGGUCGGAUUCCAGGUCGAAAAGCAGAAGAACUAGAGAGGUUUUGGAUCAUGAGGCAUUGUGAUACGUUUGCUGACAAACGAAAUCAGCAUAAGAAAGAGGACGCUAAAAUUGUUCGUCGCAUGUUUAAUGGAUUUAAGUAGUUUCCUCUGAUUGUUUU